AUGACUGAAAAAACUCCUUUGUUGCACUACCGGCUGCUCAGCGGCACUCAUGACUCAGAGCAUGCACCAGGGCCUGCCGGGUUAACGGUGAAAAAGGCUCAAGCCACGUCGCAGCGAAGAGCCUCAGAACAACCGAGAAAGCUUUCAACUUUUUUCGGCGUGGUCAUUCCGACACUAUUGUCUAUGUUCAGCGUCGUUGUAUUCCUUCGUAUUGGUUUUGUUGUUGGCUAUGCUGGGCUCUACCAGUCAAUUGUUAUGUUCUUGGUGGCAUAUCUUAUAAUUAGCAUGACUGUGCUGUCCGUCUGUGCCAUCUCCACCAAUGGGGCAUUGGAUGCUGGAGGUGCCUACUACAUGAUCAGUCGGGCCCUGGGGCCAGAGUUUGGUGGCAGCAUAGGGAUUAUGUUUUUCUUUGCCAAUGUCUGUGGUUGUGCUCUCUAUGUCCUUGGCCUGGUCGAAGCCAUUAUUGCCACCUUUGGCAUAGAUGAAGCUGGAACAGGUAUGGGUAAUACCUGUCAUGUAUUGCCUGUCGGAUACUGGUGGUCUUUACUGUAUGCCACUGGCAUUUUGAUGUUGUGCCUGCUUGUUUGUUUGGUGGGUGCUCAUAUCUAUGCCAAAGCCACAUUCCUCAUCUUCCUCAUUGUCAUGGUGGUUUUGGCCACAAUUUUUGUGAGUUUCUUUGCUGUCGGGCCCAGAGCGGUGUCUUUGCCAGGAAUGUCAGCCAAUCGCAGUAAACCUCUCUCUGCCAACUUCACUGGUCUGAAACUGGAGACAUUAAUAGCCAAUCUGUGGGCGGAUUACACAGUGGACUACACGACAGGUUCUGUCAUGACCUUUGCCAAAGUUUUUGCUGUCAUGUUCAAUGGAUGCACAGGCAUCAUGGCUGGCUCCAACAUGUCAGGAGAUCUGAUAAACCCCAGUUACUCCAUCCCUCGGGGAACCCUAACAGCAGUUGUCUUCACUUUCGUCACCUACAACCUCCUUGCACUGCUGGUGUCCUGUUCCUGUGACCGUCUUCUCCUGCAGAGGGACUACAGUUUUAUGAGGGACAUCAAUAUAUGGAGUCCAAUUGUAACCACAGGGAUCUAUGCUUCUACCCUCUCAGCAGCCAUGAGCAACCUAAUUGGAGCAUCUCGGAUUCUCUUUGCCAUAGCUAAAGACAACUUAUUUGGUGGUGUUCUCUCACCAGCAAGGCGAACCUCAAGAGGGGGAAACCCUUGGGUCUCUGUGCUCAUCGCAUGGUCAUUGGUGCAGUUGGUGUUGUUCUCUGGGAAGCUCAACACCAUUGCCAGUAUUGUUACCAUUUUCUUCCUUCUGGUGUAUGCUGCUGUAGACCUGGCUUGUUUGGCCCUUGAGUGGGCAUCAGCUCCAAACUUCAGGCCUACUUUCCGGUACUUCACCUGGCAUACCUGUGCACUUGGCAUUGUGGGAUGCUUGGUGAUGAUCUUCCUGAUCAAUGCCAUUUAUGCCUCCAUCAGUGUUGUCUUCAUGAUGCUACUGCUUAUGCUCAUCCACCACCUGGGUCCCAGCAGUAGUUGGGGCUACAUCACCCAGGCUCUCAUCUUCCACCAGGUCCGUAAAUACCUGCUGAUGCUGGAUGUGAGGAAAGACCAUGUGAAGUUCUGGAGGCCACAGGUGCUGCUAAUGGUUGCCAAUCCUCGUGGCAGUACGGGCCUCAUCACCUUUAUUAACGACAUGAAAAAGAGUGGUCUCUUUGUGCUGGGCCAUGUCAAAUUGGGAGAACUGGAUGCAAUGCCCUCAGACCCAGUACAGUCCCACUAUGACUCUUGGCUGACUCUGGUGGACGUCCUCAACAUCAAGGCCUUUGUUAAUCUCACCCUUGCCGACUCUGUCCGACAUGGAGUGCAGCACCUUCUCUUCAUCUCUGGCCUCGGCGGAAUGAGACCAAAUGUCCUUGUUCUGGGUUUCUAUGACGACAGCUGUCCUCAAGACAAACUACAGGAUAAGAAAUUUCCCUCGUGUGUAAGCCCUCUUUCUCCGUUAAGCCCGACUAAAGAAUCCAAGCGUUGUGUCUUUCACUUCCCCACGUUGCGGGGUAAUGGAGUGGGAGAUAAAGACUCUGCUAAAGACCUUUUGGUUGAAGAGUAUGUAUCUGUAAUUGCUGACACGGUAAAGAUGUUAAAAAGUGUGGCACUGGCGCGGCACUUUGCCGAUUUUGAGCGUGCGGAAGUGCUUAGCAGAAGUGGGCGUGGCCAAAUGGGACUCUUCGUUGAUGUGUGGCCUCUGAAUCUGCUGCGGCCUGACAGCUGUGGCUACGUGGACACUUGCUCGCUCUACCUGCUGCAGCUAGCCUGCGUCUUACACAUGUCCCGGGCUUGGCGUCAGGCAAGACUCCGCCUCUUCCUGUGCGUGGAGGCAGGUUGCUGUUUGCGUGAGGAAGAGGAGGACAAGCUGCGACGUAUGCUGAAGGAGCUUCGCAUGACUGCCGAUGUUUUCACGGUACCUUGGGACACGGUGGUGGCCUUGCAUGGCCAAAGGCAAGCUGCCAUUGGUAGAGAGAGGCAUGAGGAAGAAAGGAUGGAGAAAGAUCAAGAACCUGAGCUAGCACAGAACUUCCCCAGCAACACCACCCUGCUGUCAGAUGAAUACCUGUGUGCCGUGAAUUUGCUGAUUCGGGAACAUGGAGACCCACCUCCUGCCGUGCGCUUCCUCUAUCUCCCUCGACCUCCGGCUGACACCCGCCGAUACUCUGCCUACCUCCAUCAGUUGGACCUGCUGACCCGAAACCUGGGGCCUACACUGCUCAUUCACGGUGUCACGCCGGUCAUCACCACUGAUCUCUAA